AACCUGGAACGUGUUUGUUGCCACCAAGCCCUGACUCCCAGUCAGGGAGCAAUGAUUUGCAGUCUUCCUCCCAUCGCAAGAGAAUCAGGGCGGCUUGCACACACCCAUGUGAGAAGCCAUCGCCUUACGUACCAUUAGCUAGCUAGCUAGCCAGCUCCUAGUUUUACUGGAUGAAACAACUGUUCAGAUAACGUGAAGAGAAAUGGCAGGGACUCAGUUGAGCAUCCGCCGAUGGACGACGAAGCACGUGGCCAAGUGGCUGAAGGAGGAGGGCUUCUGCGACUACGUCGACCUGCUGUGUAACAAGCACAGGCUGGACGGCACCAGCCUGCUGACCCUGACCGAGUACGACCUCCGCUCCCCUCCGCUAGAGCUGAAGGUCCUGGGGGACAUCAAGCGGCUGAUGGUGUCCCUGCGCAAGCUGCAGAAGCAGAACAGCGACGUCCUGGAGGAGCUGGGCUUCAGCUGCGACGCGCACACCCCGCCGGGCGGGGACUGGCUCUGCAACGGCGACCCGGCGCGCGACUGCGACAGCGCCAUCGCCGGCCUGAGCGGGGAGCAGUUCCACCAGUACACCAACGGCAAGUGCAAGCAGCACGCGCGCCGGCUCGACCCCGAGUACUGGAAGACGGUGGUCAGCUCCGUCUACGUGGUGUUCGUGUUCGGCUUCACCUCCUUCGUCAUGGUGAUCGUGCACGAGCGCGUCCCCGACAUGCGCACCUACCCGCCCCUGCCCGACAUAUUCUUAGACAGUGUCCCCAGAAUACCGUGGGCUUUCGCCAUGGCUGAGGCCUGCGGCGUGAUCCUCUGCAAUAUUUGGCUGCUGGUCCUGCUGCUCCACAAGCAUAGGUCGAUUCUCCUGCGCCGGCUGUGCAGUCUCAUGGGCACGGUCUUCAUGCUGCGCUGCGUCACCAUGUUUGUCACCUCUCUUUCUGUGCCAGGACAGCACUUGCAGUGCUCGGGAAAGAUAUACGGUGACAUGUGGGCCAAGCUGCAGCGAGCCGUGGCCAUUUGGAGCGGCUUUGGGAUGACCCUGACAGGAGUCCACACCUGCGGCGACUACAUGUUCAGUGGUCACACUGUCGUCCUCACCAUGCUCAACUUCUUCGUGACAGAGUACACACCAAGGACCUGGAACUUCAUACAUACACUGUCCUGGGUUUUGAACUUGUUCGGCAUCUUCUUCAUUCUGGCUGCCCAUGAACACUACUCGAUCGAUGUCUUCAUCGCGUUCUACAUCACUACAAGACUCUUUCUGUACUACCACACGCUGGCAAACACCAGAGCCUACCAGCAGAGCCGGAGAGCGCGCAUCUGGUUCCCGAUGUUCUCCUUCUUCGAGUGCAACGUCAAUGGGCCCGUGCCCAAUGAGUACUGCUGGCCCUUCUCCAAACCCGCCAUCAUGAGGAGGCUGAUUGGGUAGCGUGUGCGCCCUCUGUCUGCCAUUCUUUGCAGCCAUGGAUCGUCGUGCCUGCGCUGUUUGGCUGCCACCCCUGUGUAAAAGUUGCAAGGUUCCGUGGGUUAACCUGGUUUUGCGAAUGUUGUGGUACUCACAAUAUGAACAAGCUACUGAAUUGAACAUUGUCACCCGAACAAUGCGAGAGACUGGCAGGAAUUUCGUCUCCCAGUUUUAUUAGUGGCAAAGCGGUUGGAGUGCUCCCUCUGUUAGCCUGUGUAAAGGGAUUAAACAUGGAUGUCGACUGCGUACAAUAUCACGACAUUCUGUUUGAAACGUACUUUUGUCCUUGGGAAAAGAAAAAAACGUGGAAGAAGAGAGUUACUGCAACAGUAUAGGAUUUGGGAAAAAAAAAAAAAAAGUUCCCCCAGUUGAAACCAAGGUCUCUUAAGCCAUGAGGUGACCUCACUCAAUGAAGGCCUGAAAAUGGAGAGAUUGAAUAUCUUGGAGUAUAAAACAUGGUGUGUUUAUAUGGAGAAGCCUUAAAGGUAAAUUCUUAGGUGUCAUGUUUCCCAAAAUGUCUGCGGCUCGUUUCAUUUCCUGAAGAAUGAUGACUGGAUCUUAUACUGUAAAUGCUCCAGAUACAUGUUUAUUUACCUGGACAUGGCAACAGAAAAACAACCAAUGUUGUAGUACUUUGCAUACCUGUGCCAGGGUUAACCAAUCACAGGUCUGUACCUUGCUAUAAAAAGGUGUUCAUUCUUUCCUUCAUUAAUUAGUGUGUUCAGUUCUACAAAACAUUAUAAAAUGUAAUAUAGACGCUGUUUACAGCGCACAGGUUUCCACCUUUCCCAAGAUGCACCUUAUGGUAUGUGGUAUGUAUAACGAGAAAAAGAGUUUUCCCCAUAGUCAUGCUAAUAUAAUUUUUGGUGCAGACAUAUAGGCUAGUUAAUGUCAAACACUAUAAUGAUCAUUGAUUGCAUUGUAUUAUUUCUCAUCUCUUUCUUGCAUGGGGCAAAAGGUGUGGGAAGCAGGCUUGCUACUUGACUGAAAUGAGUUAAACUCACGUAAAGCAAAAAAGCUGUAGCAUUCCUUUACAUUCUGCUAGUGUUGCUAUGGCAGUGCUAGACCAAUGUUGACAUGUGUACAAAGUAAGCAUCCCUUAUUCAUGGUGAAGCUUUUUUAAAUUUUGUAUUUCUAUUGGUCUGUUAGAAUUCUGUCAUAUAGUUUAGAUGAGGCAUUUUUAAAAAAUAAGCAAAAGCAGACUAAUAACUGGAAGGCAGGUGUUACUUUUCUCCAAUGACGCCAAACUACAUAAGGAAAGUAAAAAAAGAAAC